GCCUAGCGUGCUGAGCGCCUGGGCUCUAGGGCUGAAGAAACACCGGGAGCGGGGCGUCGCGUCCUUUGUGCCCGGAACCGUGGGGAUGUGUCCGCGCUAAGGAGCCAGCUCCAGUAUGGGGGCCGGAUCCAUGUGGGCCUCAGGCCUCCUGCUGCUGUGGCUGCUUCUCCUAGUGGCUGGGGAUCAGGACACACAGGACACCACCGCCACGGAAAAGGGGCUUCACAUGCUGAAGUCAGGGUCAGGACCCGUCCGUGCUGCCCUGGCAGAGCUAGUGGCCCUGCCCUGUUUCUUUACCCUGCAACCACGGCUAAGCACCCUGCGAGACAUUCCUCGGAUCAAGUGGACUAAGGUUCAGACUGCAUCAGGCCAGCGACAGGAUUUGCCUAUCUUGGUGGCCAAAGACAACGUGGUGCGUGUGGCCAAGGGCUGGCAGGGACGGGUGUCGUUGCCUGCUUACCCCCGGCACAGAGCCAACGCUACCCUUCUGCUGGGGCCACUACGAGCAAGCGACUCUGGGCUGUAUCGCUGCCAAGUGGUAAAGGGUAUCGAGGAUGAGCAGGACCUGGUAACCCUGGAAGUGACAGGCGUCGUGUUCCAUUAUCGGGCGGCCCGGGACCGCUAUGCGCUGACCUUCGCUGAGGCCCAGGAGGCUUGUCGCCUUAGCUCUGCUACCAUCGCUGCUCCAAGGCACCUGCAGGCUGCCUUCGAAGAUGGCUUUGACAACUGCGACGCAGGCUGGCUCUCAGACCGCACGGUUCGGUACCCGAUCACUCAGUCGCGUCCUGGUUGCUAUGGUGACCGCAGCAGUCUCCCGGGUGUUCGGAGCUAUGGGAGACGCGACCCGCAGGAACUCUACGAUGUCUACUGCUUUGCCCGCGAGCUAGGGGGUGAAGUCUUUUACGUGGGCCCAGCCCGCCGACUGACCCUGGCGGGAGCGCGGGCACAGUGUCAGCGGCAGGGUGCAGCGCUGGCCUCCGUGGGGCAGUUGCACCUGGCCUGGCACGAGGGCCUGGACCAGUGCGACCCGGGCUGGCUGGCAGACGGCAGCGUGCGCUACCCCAUCCAGACUCCGCGCCGGCGUUGCGGGGGCCCCGCCCCAGGUGUGCGCACUGUGUACCGCUUCGCCAACCGCACUGGCUUUCCUGCGCCAGGAGCACGCUUCGACGCCUACUGCUUCCGAGCUCAUCACCAUACAGCACAACAUGGAGAUUCUGAGAUCCCCUCAUCUGGAGAUGAGGGGGAGAUUGUGUCAGCAGAGGGGCCUCCAGGCCGAGAGCUGAAGCCCAGCUUGGGGGAGCAGGAGGUGAUCGCACCUGACUCCCAGGAACCGCUCGUGUCCAGUGGGGAAGACGAACCCCCAGACUUGGCUUGGACACAAGUAUCUGAAGAGACCCUUGGCUCUACCCCAGGGGGUCCCACGCUGGCUUCAUGGCCCUCUUCGGAAAAGUGGCUGCUUACGGGUGUCUCCGGCCUCAGCGACAUGGGAGUAGAUAUGGAAGCGACAACACCCUCAGGCACACAGGUAGUCCCCAGCCCCACGAUGAGGAGGGGCCGCUUUAAAGGGUUGAACGGUCGACACUUCCAGCAGCAGGGCCCAGAAGACCAGCUGCCUGAGGCAGCAGAGCCCAGUGCCCAGUCUCCCACCCUGGGAGUUACUGCCGACCACAUGAGGCCUUCUGCAGCCACAGAGGCUUCGGAGAGCGACCAGAGCCACAGUCCUUGGGCCAUUCUGACCAACGAAGUGGAUGAGCCAGGGGCAGGCUCUCUUGGCAGCAGGAGUCUCCCAGAGUCCCUGAUGUGGUCCCCGUCGUUGACCUCACCCAGUGUCCCAAGCACCGACAGUACUCCUAGACCGAUGCCAGGGGCGGCCAAGGCACCCAGUGUGAAGUCAGCCAUCCCCCACCUGCCCUGGCUGCCCUCAGAGCCCUCUGCUCCCUCCCCCGGGCCCUCAGAGGCCUUAACUGCUGUCUCCCUCCAGGCGUCCCCUGCUGAUGGUUCCCCAGACUUCCCCAUUGUAGCCAUGCUUCGAGCCCCCAAAUUGUGGCUUCUGCCCCGCUCUACACUUGUCCCCAAUAUGACCCCAAUCCCACCGUCCCCAGCUUCUCCGCUCCCCUCCUGGGUCCCAGAAGAACAGGCGGUCAGGCCCGUCAGCCUUGGAGCGGAAGACCUUGAAACCCCAUUUCAGAGAACCGUGGCUGCCCCAGUUGAAGCCAGCCACAGAUCCCCUGAUGCAGAUUCUAUAGAAAUUGAGGGGAUCAGCUCCAGCCAGGCUACAAAGCACCCCACCUCUGGCCCAUGGGCUUCUUUGUACUCUAGUAAUGUGACGAUGAAUCCUGUCCCUUCUGAUGCUGGCAUCCUAGGGACUGAGUCUGGGGUCUUGGAUUUACCAGGGAGUCCCACAUCAGGCGGACAGGCCACUGUGGACAAGGUGCUGGCCACCUGGCUACCACUGCCUGGCCAAGGACUGGACCCUGGCUCCCAGUCCACACCCAUGGAAGCCCAUGAGGUCCCCACGAGCGUGGAACCUACAGUGGCUUUGGAGGAAGGUGCCACCGAGGGCCCUAUGGAGGCCACCAGGGAGGUGGUCCCCAGCACUGCUGAUGCCACUUGGGGGUCUGAACCCAAAAGUUCCAUUUCUAGCACCCACAUGGCUGUGACCGUGGCUGGGGCCCAGGGCAUGCCCACACUGACCUUUACAAGCUCUGAAGGCCACCCAGAGCCAGAGGGCCAGAUGGUGGCCCAGGAAUCACUGGGGCCUCUCAACAGUCUGCCUUCACAUCCUUGGUCAUCCCUGGUGGCCCCUAUGGAUGAAGUGGCCUCAGUUUCCUCAGGGGAACCCACAGGACUGUGGGACACACCCAGCACUCUGAUACCUGUAUCCUUGGGCUUGGAUGAAUCAGACCUGAAUGUUGUGGCUGAGAGUCCAAGCUUAGAGGGCUUCUGGGAAGAGGUGGCCAGCGGGCAGGAAGACCCCACAGAUCCCUGCGAGAACAACCCCUGCCUGCAUGGGGGCACCUGCCACACCAACGGUACCAUGUAUGGCUGUAGUUGUGACCAGGGCUAUGCUGGGGAGAAUUGUGAAAUUGACAUUGAUGACUGUUUGUGCAGCCCUUGCGAGAAUGGGGGCACCUGCAUCGACGAGGUGAAUGGUUUCGUCUGCCUCUGCCUCCCCAGCUACGGGGGCAGCCUGUGUGAGAAGGACACAGAAGGCUGCGACCGUGGCUGGCACAAAUUCCAGGGACACUGCUACCGCUACUUUGCCCAUCGCCGGGCCUGGGAGGAUGCAGAGAGGGACUGCAGACGCCGAGCCGGUCACCUGACAAGCGUCCAUUCGCCAGAAGAGCACAAGUUCAUUAACAGUUUUGGACACGAGAAUUCCUGGAUCGGCCUGAAUGACCGGACAGUAGAGAGGGACUUCCAGUGGACAGACAACACGGGACUGCAAUAUGAGAACUGGAGGGAGAAGCAGCCAGAUAAUUUCUUCGCAGGUGGGGAGGAUUGUGUGGUGAUGGUAGCACAUGAGAGUGGGCGCUGGAAUGAUGUCCCCUGCAACUACAACCUCCCUUAUGUCUGCAAGAAGGGUACAGUGCUGUGUGGUCCCCCUCCUGCAGUGGAGAAUGCCUCUCUUGUUGGUGUGCGUAAGGUCAAGUACAAUGUCCAUGCCACUGUGCGAUACCAGUGUGAUGAAGGAUUCUCCCAGCACCGCGUGACCACUAUCCGCUGCCGUAACAACGGAAAGUGGGACCGGCCUCAGAUCAUGUGCAUCAAACCCAGGCGGUCACAUCGGAUGCGUAGACACCACCACCAUCCACACCGACAUCACAAGCUCCACAAGGAGCACAGAAGACACAAGAGACACCCAGCAGAAGACUGGGAGAAAGACGAAGGGGAUUUCUGCUAAGGAUCCAGACUAAUCAAGCACAAGCUCCCACACCUCUCCAGAGCACUUCCUUGGGGACCCAGAACCCAGCAGCCACCAGAGAGGGUGGGGACACUGCAGAGCCCCACAUCCCUGACACCCCUGUGGUAGGUCCUCUGUUACCGAGGUCCUCCUGGUUGGGGUGGCUGGGCCUGAGAGGCCACGCUGGUCUGCCUGAGCCUCUAGGGUCACUUCCCAGACAUCAAAGGGGGUCGCGGAGUCUGCAUCCACGAGGGGCCACAGUAUGUCUGUGUGUGCUGGGGAGUGGCUUUCGCACCAGAGAUUCAGGCUUAGUAAACAGUGGACCAUCCUGAAUCUAUGAUGAAGCUUUGGCAAAAGUCACUGUAUUUGAGUGGAGGACCAGCAGAGCAAACAUGAUGGCCUAUCAUCCCCUGGCAUCCCCCAAGGGUGGCUUCCACCCCUCUGGUUUUCUUUCUUUUUUUUUUUUUUUUCACUUUUUUCUUCCUCCCUCCCAAUUCCAACACCUCCAACCCCUAAACUAGGCUGGCCUUGAACUCACUGUUGUAGAAAGAUGUCCUUGAAGUCUCAGUCCUCCUGCCUCUGCGCCACCUGGUUAUCUGGUGCUGGACAUGGCACCCAGUACUGAGCAGGGCUCUCUCUGCUAACCAGCCCUGGUCUUUGAUCUUGGUGCAGACCACUAAAUCUAGCGUGAAACCCUUGUGUACUGAAUUUUAGUGAUGUCUCUUGGAGCCACUGGCCUCCUUGGCUUCCUAGGGGAGGUUACUCGGAACGAUGGGGGGGGGGAGAGGGUUGGUGUCUUGCUGACUCCCCAGGUCUGGUGCAAUGCUGAGAUCUGGUGGCUCUGUUCUGGGUUGGUUUUGUUUUGAGGCAGGGCCUCACUGUGCAGCCCUGGCUGGCCUGGAACUUGCCACAUAGACCAGGCUAAGCUGGAACUCAGCAAUCUGUCUGCGUAGCCUUCUUCGGUUUUAUUGACUUAGGAUCUCCAGAGCCCAGGCUGGGUUUUAGGCCACAGCAGUCAUCCUUUCUCAACCACCUCAAGGUAACAGGUGUACGCCAACGUGUGUGGCAGUUUCAUGGCUUUGUGAUGACAAGUCUCCCACACCCAUGCGUACAGAAGUGACAUCAGUAGAGUACAAUGUGCUGGAUGCUGCUGUACCCUCCCCCUCCAUCUCUCAGGGAGACAGACAACCUUCUGCCUGGACCAAGAUGGUGCCGUGUUUUCUAACCCAGAGCCUGUCUUUAUUAAACCCUUUCAGCAGACCUCAAUAAAUCUCCUGCCUCAGAUUCCACCCCUGCCCCACCCACUUCUGUCUCCACAUCCUGCCUGACAGACUUUAUGCUUACAGUGUUCAUGGUCCUACGGUAGAAAGAAGAGCGCUCUUAGAAUCAACACACACAUGCACACACACUAACACACCUUCUCGCCUGGUUUUACAUUUUUCAAAAUGUGAAAGAAUCCGCUUUGCAGUCCCUCUUCCCACUUGCACUCAGAAAAGACUUCCCAAGCCAGGGACAGGGUCCCUCACAGAGGGAUUUGUCUAUGGAGCCCAUGCAGUGUGGGUAGAAUCUGUGAAUUUGUGUCAAAGCCACAGUGGAGCCUGAGCUUAGCCCUGUGGGUAAAGAUGCUGCAUAAGCCUGAAGAGGUCAGUUUAACCCCUGGGACCCAUGUUGUAAAAGUGGAAAGCCUGGUAGGGUGUGAAUCCUGGUGCCAGCAUCCCUGUGCUGAGACCACAGGAAGCUCGUGAGCCAGCUCGCCUGGAGGAUCACAGCAAACCCUUAAAGGUUAGCAUUUGACCUCCACUGCACACUACAAUGUGGGUAAUUCUCCAACACACACACACAACCACCACCACCCCCACACACACACACUGCACAAGCACAAAAUAAAUGAGUAAAAAAUUUCAAAAACUGUAGGUGAGGGCAGGGCGGGGCGGGAUGAGUGCACAGGUUCUGUGCCCAGCGCUUCCCAAGUGUUUACUGAGCCUGCAUCCCUCACAGGAGGUAAUGAAAGCCAGGGGCAGUUACUGCCUAGAAGCCAUGUAGAGCCUCGUGAGAUGCCCUUGAAUCCUCUCAGCAGCCCACGUGACCCUUAGUCUCCCAUUUCACACAAGAUGGUAAGAAAGGCAAAGUUACAAAGUUACAGCCUACGCUGGAGGGACUAGAGCAAGAAUUCCCUUCUGUGCAUUAUAAUUACUGUAAGGCUUGGUUUGGACAGGGUCUCAGGCUAGCCUUGAAUUCACUGGGUAGCUGAGGAUAACCUUAAAGUCCUGAUUCUUCUGCCUCAGUUUCCCAAGUACUAGAAUGACAGGUGUGCACUAUGACUGGUGUAUACAAUGCUAGGGCUAGAACCCAGAGUUUUGUGCAUACUAAAUAAAUGUUCUACACCUGAGCUCCAAGCACUCUGUCAACUGAGCCCCAAGCACUCUGUCAACUGAGCCCCAAGCACUCUUAAUUGUGCUUUGAAUGCUACCAACUUAGUUCGAUUCAAACCCUGGUCUCGAUUUGUGCUCCAAAUUUUGCUUUAUGUUUAAGGGAAGAGAUCUAGCUAAACCUCUUAACCUGCUGUCAGAAACACACACACACACACACACACACACACACACACACACACACACACACACACGAGCAGACUUGGGAAAUGGUUGAGAAAAGCAAACUGGCCCCUGAUCCCUGUGACUGGGGACAAAGCUUCUUGGCACCAUUCCCUAAUUCAGAAGGAACAACAGCAGUCCCCUGCGGGAGGGAUUGAGAGCAAGGCCUGCUGGGGCUCAGAGGUUGUUCCCAGCCCCGAACUGCCUGCUCCAUGGAGGGCCAUGCUUUAGGCUUUUCUGGACUGGAGCCUCAUCUCCAGCUUUCCCCUCCCUGGUGUGUCUGCUUGGGCCAGUAUGUGGGAAGAGUGUGUAUGUGCGCGAAUGGCUGCAGGUUCUGCCGGGUUUUGUUUUGUUUUGUUUUCUGGGAGCUUUGAUGUUCCGUGGAUCUGUGCUAUCUGACACUGUGGAUGUUAAUGUACUUAUUGGACAUUUUAAUAAAAUUUUUUUAACAGUUC